UUUUUUUUGGGAAUGAGCCCUCCCUGAGUGGGGCUUUUUCCUUUCUCUCCCGGCAGGUUCUUCCACCUUCAAGAAAUCCCUCACCCCCGAGAUGCCGGGAGGUUCUGGCCAGCCGGGCUCGCAGACCAUCAGGAAAGGCCACAGAGGGGUGGAUUCCACGGGGGAAACCACCUAUAAAAAGACCACCUCGUCGGCCCUGAAGGGCGCCAUCCAGCUGGGAAUCACGCACACCGUGGGCAGCCUGAGCACCAAGCCCGAGCGGGACGUGCUCAUGCAGGACUUCUACGUGGUGGAGAGCAUCUUCUUCCCCAGCGAGGGCAGCAACCUGACCCCAGCCCACCACUACAACGACUUCCGCUUCAAAACCUACGCGCCCGUCGCCUUCCGCUACUUCCGAGAGCUCUUCGGGAUCCGGCCCGACGAUUACCUGUACUCGCUGUGCAACGAGCCCCUGAUCGAGCUGUCCAACUCGGGGGCCAGCGGCUCGCUCUUCUACGUGUCGGGCGACGACGAGUUCAUCAUCAAAACGGUGCAGCACAAGGAGGCCGAGUUCCUGCAGAAGCUGCUGCCUGGCUACUACAUGAACCUGAACCAGAACCCCAGGACUCUCCUGCCCAAAUUUUACGGGCUCUACUGCGUGCAGGCCGGGGGCAAGAACAUCCGCAUCGUGGUGAUGAACAACCUGCUGCCCCGCUCCGUCAAGAUGCACCUCAAGUACGACCUCAAGGGCUCCACCUACAAGCGCAGGGCGUCCCAGAAGGAGAGGGACAAGGUGUUCCCCACCUACAAGGACCUGGAUUUCAUGCAGGACGUCCCCGACGGGCUCUUCCUGGACUCCGACAUGUACAACGCCCUGUGCAAGACGCUGCAGAGGGACUGCCUGGUGCUGCAGAGCUUCAAGAUCAUGGAUUACAGCCUGCUGGUGGCCAUCCACAACAUGGACGUGGCGCAGCGGGAGCAGGGCCCGGCCGACGCGGCCGACACGCGGCGCCCGGCGGCGCAGAAGGCCCUGUACUCCACUGCCAUGGAGUCCAUCCAGGGGGAGGCCAGGAGAGGGGGCACCAUCGAGACAGAUGAUCAGAUGGGAGGAAUUCCAGCCCGGAACGCCCGGGGGGAGAGGCUGCUGCUCUACAUCGGCAUCAUCGACGUGUUACAGUCCUACAGGUUCGUCAAGAAGCUGGAGCACUCCUGGAAGGCCCUCGUGCACGACGGGGACACGGUGUCCGUGCACAGGCCCAGCUUUUACGCCGAGAGGUUCCAGCGCUUCAUGUGCAACACGGUGUUCAAGAAGAUCCCACUGAAACCUUCCCCUUCCAAGAAGAGCCGGAGCGGGCCGGCAAUUCCCAGACGGAGCUGCCAGGGGGGGAUCCCUGCCCAGCUCCACGUGGGCUCUGAGACCAAAGCACAAGUGACCACAGAGGCAGAUGUGGAGCAAGGGUCCCACCUGGGCCGCCCGGACCUCCUGCCCAGGACUCUGCCCGUGGACGAAGCCAACAGCGACUCGGUGGCCACCACCCUGUCCACCUCCUCCCUGGGCAGUGGGGGCCUCAAUUCACCUGCCAACAGCGGCUCCCCCGGCCCCUCCGGCCCCGAGCGCUCCCUGGAGCUGAGAGAGCAGCUCCAAGAGCUGCAGGAGACAGAGAUCAGCUUUGGGCCAAGCAGGGCACGUUUUAGGGAUGGAAAAAAAAAAACCACCACAACAACAUUUUUGGGACAAACCUCACCUGUUUCCCUACUCACCCCCCCCACACACACCCCCUCGUGUUCCAGCGUGGACAACAGCGAGUACAUGAGGAACGGGGAUUUCCUCCCCACGAGGCUCCAGGCCCAGCAGGACGCCGUGAACAUCGUGUGCCACUCCAAGACCAGGAGCAACCCCGAGAACAACGUGGGGCUCAUCACCCUGGCCAAUAACUGCGAGGUGCUGACCACCCUCACCCCGGACACGGGACGGAUCCUGUCCAAGCUCCACACGGUGCAGCCCAAAGGGAAGAUCACCUUCUGCACCGGCAUCAGAGUGGCCCACCUGGCCCUGAAGCACCGGCAGGGCAAGAACCACAAGAUGAGGAUCAUCGCCUUUGUGGGGAGCCCCGUGGAGGACAACGAGAAGGAUUUGGUAAAGCUGGCAAAGCGCCUCAAGAAGGAGAAAGUCAACGUGGACAUCAUCAAUUUUGGGGAGGAGGAGGCCAACACGGACAAGCUGACGUCGUUCAUCAACGCCCUGAACGGCAAGGACGGCAGCGGCUCCCACCUGGUGACGGUGCCCCCCGGGCCCAGCCUGGCCGACGCCCUCAUCAGCUCCCCCAUCCUGGCGGGCGAGGGGGGGGCCAUGCUGGGCCUGGGCGCCAGCGACUUCGAGUUCGGGGUGGACCCCAGCGCCGACCCCGAGCUGGCCCUGGCCCUCAGGGUGUCGAUGGAGGAGCAGAGGCAGCGCCAGGAGGAGGAGGCUCGAAGGGCAGCGGCCGCCUCGGCUGCCGAGGCCGGGAUCGCGGCCACCGCCGGGGAUGAGUCGGACGAUGCCCUGCUCAAGAUGACCAUCACCCAGCAGGAGUUCGGCCGGGCGGGGCUGCCCGACCUCAGCUCCAUGACGGAGGAGGAGCAGAUCGCCUACGCCAUGCAGAUGUCCCUGCAGGGGGCUGAGUUCGCCCCGGCGGAGGCGGCCGAGGUGGAGAGCUCUGCCAUGGACACCUCGGAGCCUGCCAAGGAGGAGGACGACUAUGAUGUGAUGCAGGACCCCGAGUUCCUGCAGAGCGUCCUGGAGAACCUGCCCGGCGUGGAUCCCAACAACGAGGCCAUCCGGAAUGCCAUGGGAUCCCUGGCCUCGCAGGCUUCCAAGGAAAACAAGGACAAGAAGGAGGAGGACAAGAAAUGAUCCCCCCAACGUGGGAUCUGCUGGAUCUGCUGGAAUGGGACAAUAAAGGUUUUUC